AUGCCUUCAAAAGGUUUUUCUAAAUUAUUUACCUCAUGUUAUGCUGGAGAUGAACAUUCAAGAGGAAGGAAAAAAAAUAAAAGAGAGAUACCAGAAUUUAUGGAUGAAGUAUCUUUGAAUUUAACUACCCAAACAUAUGAAUUAACUGAUAACACAACAGGACAACAUAUUUAUGCUAUUCCAUUUAAAAAUAGAGAAUCUUUAUCAUCUGAUUAUGAUCUUGAUACUUUAUCAAGAGAAAAUUUAUCAUAUUCAAGUUCUGUUGAUACAACAAGAUUAUCACAUUACAAUGAUACAUUUACAAUUGAUAUCAUACCAGGAUCUAGUGAUGAAAAUUCAAGAAGAAUUUUACAAAAAAUAGCAGAAAGUAAACAAAAAACUCCAACAUUAAAAAGAAGAGAUAUUAUUGAUAGAAAUAAAUUAUUAAUAAAUGAAGCUGAUGGUUAUGCAAAAAUAAUUAAAACUCCACAAAGUAAAAAAAAACCUAUAUUACCCCAAUCACCAGUAUUAAAUUUUACCAAAAAACCAUUAUUACCUAAAAGUGGUUUGUCAUCAAGUAACUCUUUUAUAGAUAAAAAUAAUAGUAAUAAUUUAAGUAAAACAAAUUCAAAAAAUUCUAUAAAUAUACUUGAAGAUAACUAUAAUGAAGUAGAAGGUAUCUGUAGUUCAAUGAUUAAUUUUUGUGAAUCACCAAAUAAUAUAAAUAAUAAUAAAAUGUCUUUGUCUGGUUAUACAUUAUCAGAUAACAAAAAAUUAUCAAAUAAAGAAAUGGUUGGCUCAUCGAGUGAUCUCUAUCCCUGGAGAACUGCAGCUUUUUCAGGAACAAAUCAAAGAUCAUUAGAUGCAUUGAUAAGCCCAAAUUUAAGACCAUCCAUUCGUGAGAUACCAAAAUUAGUAGGUGGAAUGGAAUGUACAAAGAAAGAUAAUAAAGAUAAAGAUCAACUAUCAAGUUCCGUUUUAAAAAAUAAAGACAUACCAAAACAUGAAAAUGAACAUCAAAAAAGUAAUUUAAAAAGUGUAAAAAUGAUAAAUGAGAAAGAAAUUUUACCAAAAAAAAUUAGUUCACAUACUUCAUUAAAUUUAUCGAAUGAAAGACAAUUAAAAUUUAACAUAUCAAAAUCAGAGGAAUCACUUUCAAGGCCUUUAAAAUUAAAAGUAUCUGGUAAAGAAAAAAAAUGUUUAUCAGGAAAGAUGACAUGUUGUAGUCCAGUGACAAGUAAAAAAUAUAACAAUAAAAAUGACAAUAUUUCACAGGGAUCACAAUCUUCUGAAUAUCAUUUAAAAAUAAUAAAUACCAAUAAUAUAAAAGAGAAAAAACAACCAGUUUCUAUAAGUAAGAAGACUUCUUCUCCUUCUACCACUAAUCAUCAAAUAGAAAAGUAUUGUGAAGAAUAUAGUAGUAGUUGUUGUAGUAGUAUUAGUUCAUCAUCAUCAUCAACCUCCUCAUUAAUCAACAAAAAUAAUAUUAUUUUAACAUCAAAGGAAAAUGAAGAAAUUAAAACAAAAGAUGGUGGAUUUUGUGAUGAUGUUUUGAAAUCAAGUUGUAAUACUACAAAGGAAUUUAAUAAUUUGAAAGUACAAAAAGUUAAACUUCGUCAAAAGGAGGAUAAAAAAAAUAUUCCUAUAAAUAGUCAAAAUUUGUGUAAAAAAGAUAUAUUAGAAAGAGAUAUGUCAAUGAUUGCAACUGUCUACCCAUUUCAACGUUCAUCAAAUAAUCAUGAUGAAGUUGAUGAAAGAAAUGAUGAUGAAGGUACUGAAAAGGAUCAUUAUGAUAAUCAGAGUCAUUUUAAAAUAGAAGAUGUUACUGAUGACCCUAAUUAUCAAAUAGAUGAUGACAAGAAUGAGGAUGAUAAUUAUGAGGGUUCAUUAGUUGAGUAUUGUCGUCUCGAUUCCUCUGACAAGAAUGAUAAAUUUAAUCCAAGAAAUUCAAUUUUUGAAGCUGUAACAUAUCGUCAAUCACCCCCAGACAAAGAUAUCAAUAACAUGAUAUCAUCAUUAAAAGAUUCUAAAAUUUCUGGUAAAGAUAGGGAAAAUAAUUAUAGAUAUUCAUUUAUCCAACCAAAUUACGAUUCAAACGGUAAUAUUUUUGAGGAAGUAGGAAAAAUUUGCCCUUACUCAGAGGAAGCAAUGGCAAAUAUUCUUGAUAUUGGUGUUGGUGAACCAUGUGUUAAUGAAAAAAUAUGUAAAUGUCAUGGGUUUGCUCCUCACAAAUGGAGAAAAGUUUGUGUUCAUUGUAAGUGUGAUCGUAAUGAUCACGAGAUUGGAGGGAAUAAGUAUUUGACAGUAUAUGAAAGACUUGGAAUUACACCAACAGAUGUAAUGAGGACCGUAAGAAAUGAUGCACCAGGACAGGUGGGACAUGGUUAUUCAUGGGUACCACCAGGACUUUCUCGUGUUAAAGUUGAAGAGUAUAUGAGCCAAUUACCUAAUCAUCUUGUGCCUAGAACUAAUAGUGCUGGUGAAAAACACCGAGAACGCCAAUUAAUAAUGCAACUUCCAAGACAAGAUUUAUCUUCAGCUUACUGUAAACAUUUGAAAACACCAAUUGAAAGAAAAGUUUAUGAAGAAUUUGUAAAUGCAAGAAAUGAAGUUGCAUUAGAUAUUGGAUAUGUUGAUGCUAAAUUAUCAAAAAGUUCAGUUUGUUCAAAAUGUAAUGGAAUUAUGGAGAAAGGUGAUUUAGCAGUUAUAGCUCCAAAACUCGGGGAACAAAAUACAUGGCAUCCAGCGUGUUUUACAUGUAAAACUUGUGAUCAACUUUUAAUUGAUCUAACAUAUUGUGUAAGAGAAAAUUCAAUUUAUUGUGAAAGACAUUAUGCCGAACUUCAUAAACCAAGGUGUUCUGCUUGUGAUGAAUUGAUAUUUUCUGGUGAAUAUACUAAAGCAAUGAAUAAAGAUUGGCAUUCUGAUCAUUUUUGUUGUUGGCAAUGUGAUACACCACUUACAGGAUUACGUUAUGUACUUCGUGAUGAACAUCCAUUUUGUAUAAAAUGUUAUGAGGAUGUCUUUGCAAAUCAAUGUGAUGAAUGUGGAAAACCAAUUGGAAUUGAUUCAAAAGAUUUAUCAUAUAAAGAUACACAUUGGCAUCCUGAUUGCUUUAAAUGUAAAAUUUGUAAAGUUUCUUUGGUUGAUAAACCAUUUGGUUCAAAGAAUGAUUCAAUAUUUUGUUCAAAUUGUUAUGAUAAUGCAUUUGCAACACGUUGUGAUGGUUGUAAUGAAAUCUUUCGUGCAGGUAUGAAAAAAAUGGAAUAUAAAGGUAAAAAAUGGCAUGAAAAAUGUUUUUGCUGUUUGGAGUGUAAAGUUCCAAUUGGUACAAAAAGUUUUAUACCUAAAAAUGAUGAUGUUUAUUGUGCUACCUGUUAUGAGGAUAAAUUUGCAACAAAAUGUAAAAGUUGUAAAAAAGUUAUUACUACUGGAGGUGUCACUUAUAAAAAUGAACCCUAUCAUAGAGAAUGUUUCUGUUGUCAAAAUUGUCGUUCAUCACUAGCUGGACAAAGAUUUACUUCAAAAGAUGAUCAACCAUAUUGUGCUAAUUGUUAUGGAGAACUUUUUGCAAAACGUUGUGUAUCAUGUACAAAACCAAUUACAGGCAUUGGUGGUUCAAAGUUUAUCUCUUUUGAAGAUCGUAAUUAUCAUAAUGAUUGUUUCAUUUGUAAUCAAUGUUCAAUUUCAUUAGUUGGUAAAGGAUUUAUUACUGAUGGAGCUGAUAUAUUAUGUCCUGAAUGUGCUAAAGCCAGGCUGAUGGCUCAACAUUCAUAG